GUUUGCUUUUCAAGUUUGACAUUCUUGCUUCGAAGGAGCAAGAGCCGCUUCUUCGGCUCCUUUGUUGUUGUUCGACUUCGCUCCUUCGACGACGUACUAUAUUCAUGUCGGAGCGGAAGUUACGACAUUUUAAUCGGAAGCAAGGACGGGAGCUCGCUAGCUGUGAAGCCCCUGAAGAUAUCGUUCGCUCUGACGCCAUGGACGAAGUAUCUCUGUCUCCAUCUUCUACAUUAGACACAAGAAAGAAGAAUCCAAAGAGGAGGUGGAAGCAGAAGAUUGCAAAUAAGGCGAACUCUUUCGAUUCCGACCGCCUCGACUUCAUUCCUUGGAAACAAGCCGAGAGCAGUGGCGAUCCAUUCGCCCUUCUCUCCGGCGGCGUUGAAGGAGGGUUCCUUUCCUUGGAAGAGAUUGACGAGUCGGAAUAUUGUUUAUUCAGUGGAUCACCGGAUAUAGAGAGCGAGGAAAAAGCGGAGAACACUACUUCUUCCAAGUUGAAGAAGAGGAAGAGGGUUAAUGUUGAUGCAGAGUCAGAGGGGGGUGAUUCGUGCGUAGUUAACGAGGAAGGUAUAAAAGAGAAGGGUAGUAAGAAGAAGAAGAGGAGGAGGAAAAAGAGGAGCAAUGAUCACAAGACGAAGGAAUUGAUACCUGAUGGCGAGCCGGAACAGCAGUGCGAACCCGCUGAAGGAAGCCCUAAAGCAGACAGUAAUAAAACCAAUGCUGAAAGUGGCACAGAUGAAGAACCUUUUGGUGAUGAUGGAAUGUGUGCUUGGAAUGAACUGAGACUCCAUCCUCUUUUGAUAAAAUCAAUGCGCAGACUUGGAUUUAUAAAACCUACUCCAAUACAGAAAGCUUGCAUUCCUGUUGCUGCUCAUCAUGGAAAGGAUGUCAUUGGUGCAGCACAGACAGGUUCAGGGAAAACCCUUGCUUUUGGAUUACCGAUUUUGCAACGCCUUCUUGAAGAACGGGAGAAGGCCAGAAGAUUACUUGAGAAUGGUACUGGAGGCACUGGAGGCUUUGGAGAAAGCCACCUUCGAGCACUUAUUUUGGCUCCGACAAGAGAGCUUGCCUUACAGGUAUCUGAUCAUCUCAAGAUCGCAGCAAAAUAUAUCAAUGUUCGUGUAGUUUCCAUAGUGGGUGGUAUGUAUUCAGAAAAACAGGAGAGGUUGCUUCGAAGGAGGCCUGAGAUUGUUGUUGGAACUCCAGGAAGGCUAUGGGAAUUGAUGUCAGGGGGAAAUGAACAUCUUGUGGAGCUGCAUUCUUUGUCGUUCUUUGUGCUGGAUGAGGCUGAUCGUAUGAUAGAGAAUGGUCAUUUUAAUGAGCUUCAAUCCAUCAUUGACAUGCUUCCAACUGGCAACAGCAACAUGGAGCAAACUUCUGAAACCAACAAAACUUACAAAACAAUCCCCAAUUUGCCACGAAAGAAGAGGCAAACAUUUGUUUUCUCUGCCACUGUUGCCCUAUCUGAUAAUUUUCGCAAGAAACUUAAGCGCACUUUAUCCAGUACAAAAUCAACCUUGACAGAUGGAUUAACUUCUAUAGAAAAGCUUUCAGAGCGGGCUGGAAUGAGACCUGAUGUUGCAAUCAUUGAUUUGACAAAUACUUCUAUUGUAGCAGAUAAGCUUGUGGAGUCAUUCAUCGAGUGUGGUGAAGAUGAAAAAGAUGCACACUUAUAUUACAUUCUAAGUGUUCAUCGUAAAGGUCGCACAAUUGUUUUUUGCACUUCAAUUGCAGCGUUACGUCACAUUUCAUCUUUACUACGUCUUCUUGACGUGAAUGCUUGGACCCUUCAUGCUCAGAUGCAACAAAGGGCCCGCUUAAAGGCCAUGGAUCGGUUUCGUGAGAGUGAGCAUGGGGUCUUGAUAGCUACUGAUGUUGCUGCAAGAGGCCUUGAUAUUCCUGGUAUUCGAACUGUUGUUCACUAUCAACUGCCACACUCGGCUGAAGUUUAUAUUCACAGAAGUGGUAGAACUGCAAGAUCUUCCUUUGAUGGUUGCUCCAUCGCACUAAUUUCCUCUAGUGAUAAAGCAAAGUUUUCUUCAUUAUGCAAAUCAUUAUCAAAGGAGAGUCUUCAAGAAUUUUGUGUAGAUUAUGCUUACAUGCCUGAUGUAGUGAAGCGAAUAUCACUUGCUCGACGAAUUGAUAAAAUCCAGCAAAAAAUAUCCCAGGAGAGUGCAGAAAAAAGUUGGUUUCAACGAAAUGCUGCUAAUGUUGAAUUAGCAGUGGAUGAUACAGACAGCGAGGAAGAAAGGGAAAUGGUCUAUAAGCAAAAGAAAACCAGUUUCUUCCAUUUGAAGCAGUUACAACAAGGAUUGAUUGCCCUGUUGUCAAGACCAAUGCAACCCAAAGCAUUUUCACACCGAUUUUUGGCUGCGACUGGCGUUUCACCCCUUGUUCAACAACAGCUGGAGGAGUUUUCAAAAGCGAAGCUGAUGGGAAAAAUGGGUUCUCAAGAGAAGAAAACUCGAGGGCUUUUGGUAAUUGGUCAAGAUUGUGUUGAACCACUUCAGGCUCUUAGGAGCUCAGGUCGUGAGGUCUGUGUUAAUGUAGAUAAAAAGAGAGAAACGAGAAGACUGGUUGAAAAUUGGAAAAGCAAGCGAAGAGAAGAAAAAAAGCGAGAACGUGAACAGAGGAGAAAGGCAAGGAAGAAGGCCCGGCAAGGUAUGAAAUAGAGAUUGGUUUCCUUGCUUCAACAAAUGCUUAUUGAAGAUGCUUGAUUGUCCAACUCAGCCUCACGAAGUAUUAUAGAGUGAUUGGUUGGAUAAUGGAGAUUUCCUUCAGGAUAUUUCUGGGAAAACAACCAUGAACCAGGUAUGAAGUACAAAUUUGAUGUCUGAGGACCUUGGCAACAGUGCAUGAGGGAAACUAGUCUAGAUGUGACUGAAUAGUAUUUUGUAGCAAUUCCAGUUUUGAGGGAAACUAAUCUAUAUGAAGAUAUAGACUAUGAUUAUGCUGAGAAAUAUUUAUAACUUAAUAAUGCUGAAUAAUAUUUUCUUUACCCUUUUCUCCUUAUUUUAUGUAGAUUAUUGCAAUGCGGGAAUUAUAUAAGUUGUGGUGUGAUAAGGCUU